AUGAUUGAUUCAUUUACAAAAUGGGUAGAAGCCUCUAUAGUUCCGGACAAGACUGCCGCAGGUACAGCAUCCAUUUUACUUAGCCACUGGAUCUGUCGUUUCGGAAUUCCCUUGCGCUUGGUUUCUGACAAUGCUUUAUCGCUCACUGCUGAAGUUAUAGAAAAUUUGGCUACAGAUUUGCAAUUGUUCAGGAUGCGUUAUCAUUUGCAUUAUUUGGUUAUCGAGCUAGCAUUCAUUCUGCUACUGGUCAUUCCCCCGCGUUUCUAG